GACAGAUUUUUUCCCAUCUCUUUGAUUCAUCGCAAAACACAACAACACUGCUAGUUCCCUUUCUGUGGGAUUUCAGGCGCUGCGGCAUGAGCGCACCGAUCGGGAACCAAUCUGUGUCGAUAGAGAUGAUGCAUGCCGAUGUGUAUAGUCUUUUAAAGCCCAAGAAAAUGCGCAAAUAGUGUCUCUUUAAAGAUAAAAGAGGAAGACGGGACGGAUUGGGAACGUGCGCUGUGGCGUUCCGCUCCUGUUCACCUAGAAUUGAGCAUAGCUAAUGGGGAGAUCACGCAGUCGGACACAAAGCUAGAGUGCUCAAGACCAGACCGUCUACUUCCCUCGUGUCGGCAACUCCGUACUGUCGUGUUGGAUGCAGCUUAACAAGCAGAAGAGGAGAAAGAAAGGAUUUCUCUCGCUCCGGUGGACUAGAUUGUAUUCGGAAUGAUGAAAAAGUGAACUUGAAUAGUUUCAGAAACCAAAGAAACACGUGAGACCGACAGAUAGAUUUUGUGGGAGGCUUCAGGCGGACGUAGGCGCCAGCGUUUCCCGCGUGGCGUCGUUGGUCGGGUAAGAAAACCGGUCUCCCUGUAGGAUGACCAGCCUUUUCCGACGCAGCAGCAGUAAUGGAGGGUCUCGGGGGGGCGGGGGCUCGGCUACAGGUGAGCUCAACAACUCCAGGCCCAAUCGGCAAGUUCGACGGCUGGAGUUCAACCAGGCCAUGGAGGACUUUAAAACCAUGUUCCCUAGCAUGGACUAUGAGGUGAUUGAGUGCGUACUGCGCUCCAAUAAUGGGGCUGUGGAUGCCACCAUCGACCAACUCCUGCAGAUGAGCAUUGACGGACAAGGCUCAGAUGACAGUUCAGAUUCGGAUGACAGCAUCCCACCAGAGAUUCUUGAGCGGACCCUCGAGCCGGAUAGCUCAGAUGAAGAGCCGCCCCCUGUCUACUCACCACCAACAUAUGACAUGCACAUAUAUGACAGGAAAUACCCGGAUGCUCCUCCUGUUCCUCCACCCAGAUUUGAGGCCCAACCUCCCCCUGGACACAGACAAGUACAAGGUUACAAAAACUGGAACCCACCAUUACUUGGCAAUCUGCCUGACGACUUCCUGAGAAUCCUGCCCCAACAGUUGGACAGUAUACAGGGCUCUCAGAGUAGCAUCUCCAAACAGUCUUCCUCCUCCUCCUCAGUACCCCAGAAGGUCCCCACUGUGGCGGCCGCCACAGGAACAAGCGGCACGUCAGAGCAGGAACGCAAACUGAAGCAAUAUUUAGAGGAUGAGCGUAUUGCACUCUUCCUGCAGAAUGAGGAGUUCAUGAAGGAGCUGCAAAGGAACCGAGAGUUCCUCAUUGCGCUGGAAAGAGAUCGUUUGAAAUACGAGUCAAAGAAAUCCAAAUCCAGUCAUUCAUCAGCUAGCAUGGAGAACUCCACAGGUGACCACUAUGCUUCCGGAUCUGUAGAGGCCUGCACAGCAGUCUCAGAUGAUGCUCUGUUUAGAGACAAGCUAAAGCACAUGGGGAAAUCAACCAGGAAGAAACUGUUUGAAAUCGCCAGAGGGUUCUCAGAGAAGACGAAGCGGAGGAAGUCUAAAAGAAGAACGCUGCUACGGCAUCAUUCAUUGGGCACAGCCAACUCUACUGCCAACCUUCUAGACGAUGUGGAAGGAAACCCAUGUGAUGAAGAAAGUCAGCUUAGACGAUUGGCUGCACAGGAAGAGGAGGAGCCACAUAAGGAACCACUAUCAUGAUCCCUCUGUGCUCUUGGUAAAUUAGGGUUUCCAUGGUGACCUCAGAAUGACCCAUGGCUGAUAGCUCCUUAUCUCAGUGGCUCCAGUGCUUAGCUCAGUGCCAGGCAAUCGCAGACUCCAGAGGACCAGCCGAGGCAGGACUGCGUGAUCAUUUUGUAGCAGCCUUUUGUGAGCCUAAGAUUAUUGUUACCUACAUUUGAUUACUAUUAUAAUUAUUGUAUUGUAACUGUUUGUUAAUAUUUGGUUUCAUAUGUAAAACUCAACAGCUAUAGUACUGAUUUCCAACUAUGUAUUUGUCUUUUUUAUCCUAAACCAUCUGAAACGAAAUUUCCCUUUAUGUUUGUUUAAAAAUAUAUAUAAUUUACCUGAGGAAUUUAAUUUCCCCACAAAUUUUUGAUUUGUUUAUUACUGUCCACAGUAAACGGUCAGUCAUUUCAGCACAUUAGUAUAUAACACUUUUAUUUUUAAUAGACUUUCGGAGUCUAAUCUGCACAUUAAUCAUCAACAGCAUUUCCUCAAAGAAUGUACCCAGAUCAUCAUGUCCAUUACUAACUCAUAAAUCUUUCUUUAUCAUUGCUAUUAAGGAAAAAUAAAAACAUUAUUCAGGCUAUUUAGUCUGUUGUGAUUUUAGGGUGCUGAAUAGUCCAUUUCCAUACAACUUUUUCACACAGUUAAAUUAAAACCACUAGUUCGUUUUGAUGAGAUGCCCUUCUUUAAGACCAAGGCAAUGCACACCUUCUAUGUAAUACAUCUUCAAUGCCAAAAUUCGAUUUCAGUCUUUUUUACACAAAAAAGAAUGGCAAACUACUGACCAACCGAAGAGUUUGCCUGCUCCUCAUGUUUGCACUGCCAUAUCUGUUUUAUAAAAUAUAAAAAAUAAAAAAAACCAAUUCAACUGUUUCUUGGUAAAAGUGAUUAGAUUGAUUGAUUGAGCCAGUGUAGUUGUCAUCUAAACAUUUUUAUUUCAGAACGAGCAUAGAAAAAUUUAAAUGAUGCUGUCCUUGAACCAACCAAAACGCUGCUGUGUGCUUUGCUUUUUUAUUUUUUUUAUUUUUUUUUUGCAAAUCACACUGAAUGAUUUACCCUAACGCUGUGCUUCCAGUAGGUGAUCCACCAAUAAGAAUGUGCCAUUAUGUUCCUUUUAGUAUUGUGCAUCCCAGUAUUGAUUCAGUGUAAAGUGGCCCGUUGGAGAACACUGUGUAACAUUGAUGUUUAUUUGUGUUUUAUGUACAUCAGAUUGUCCUACAGUUAAAUCUGUCAGUUUGAAAAAAUCUUGUCACAGUAUUAUAUGCGGGAUUCCACCAUGUUACUGAUACAUUUUGUGCUCCUGAAAUGUACCAAUGUGGCUGUAAGAGCUUGCUUGUUUUAUUUAAGGGGCUUUGUUAUGUGUAUGAAGUUCAUGUUCAUGUCACAUCAAUAUGUGAUUGAUUUUUGCCAUUAUUACAAAUUAUAUAGGUAUUCAUAGGCAUCAUGAAUGACAUGUAUACCACAUAAUCAUGUACUGUAAAUUGUAAUCGCCAUUAUGAAAUAUGUGCUCAGGCCGUGCAUAUUUGCAUGAUUACUUUUUUCCAAAUCUUCAUGGAUGGCACAAAAAAAAAGUCUGUAAUCGGAUUUGAAAAUGAUGUGAAUUGAAAGAACAAAUGUUUUGUAAGAGGCAAACCUUGUUGAGAGAAAUAACCCAUACAGCGUUGUCAUCUGUGAUUCACAGGCACAACUGUGUGAGAUUUUCCUUUCCAUCCUGCUUGUUAACACAUUUUAUCCUCUCAGGGAACUUGCUCUCAUUUCACUUUCUGCUAAAAGCACAACUCAAACUGAAAACUUGUUAGCUCAGAGGCUUCUUUAAUAGGCAAGGUAGCACCGUCUGUUUAUCUGUCGUGAGGUUAUGAAGAAUUCAAGGAUUGUGUGGCUGAUCUGCUUUAGCAUGUAGCCAAGAUCCUUUUCUUGAUCACUUGUCCUUGUGUGUUUACCUGAAAUCUCGUCAAGAUCCCUUUUUCCAUCUUUGGUUUUUGUAUGGGACAGAUAGAGCCAAAAUCACUGGCAGAUGUGUUCAGAAACUGUUGUGUGUGAGGUGAGCCACAUGACUUUGAAUGGCUCUUAACAAUUAGUGGAAUGUACUAUUUAUACUGUAUUAGAAGAAAGCAACUGUACAUGCAAAUUGGCAAUUUUUUUAAUAUGAAAUAUUUGUUUUAGCCAUUAUUUCUGUCCCCGUAGUUUCUUCUGAAGAAUAUGAUUCUCAAACAAAUUAAGUUGACUCUUUGUCUACUUGUCCAAAAUCUAUGUGAUUGUUCCACAUCUCAUCAUUCACUUAAAACUAUUUCAAGUUCUGGACUUUUCUUACAAACCAGAUGUUUAUUAGUUAUUGGAAUAAAUAAUAAAAUUGUU